AUGGUGGAGUUUGCUCCCUUCAUGGUGCCGUUGGAGAGGAGACUGCAGACAUUAGCAGUGCUGCAAUGGACCUUAUCCUUCCUGAUGCUGGUUCAGAUCAGCACCGUGAUCUUCAUAGGCCUCCUGUUCACAAAAUUCUGGAUUCUCACUGUCCUGUAUGGGACCUGGUGGUUUCUGGACUGGGACAAGCCAGGACACGGGGGCAGGCCCUUGCAAUUCGUGAGGCGCAUGACCGUGUGGUCAUACAUGAAGGACUACUUUCCUAUCACGCUAGUCAAGACUGCUGAGCUGAAUCCAUCCCGGAACUACCUUGCUGGCUUCCACCCCCAUGGGGUCCUGGCCGCUGGAGCCUUUAUCAACUUGUGCACUGAGAGUACUAACUUCCCUUCCAUCUUCCCUGGCAUCACCCCCCACCUGAUGAUGCUGAGCAUGUGGUUUCGAGCCCCUUUUUUCAGGGACUACAUCAUGGGUGCAGGGCUGGUUGCAUCAGACAAGGAGAGUGCUGCUCACUUGCUGAGCAGGAAGGACGGUGGAAACCUACUGGUCAUCAUUAUAGGAGGUGCCAAGGAAGCACUGGAUGCUCGACCUGGAGCCUACAGGCUGUUCCUGCGGAAACGCCAGGGCUUCAUCAAACUCGCUCUGAUACACGGGGCGGAUCUGGUGCCCAUCUUCUCCUUUGGGGAGAAUGAACUAUUUGACCAGGUUAAUAACCCUCCUGGUUCCUGGUUGCGCAGGACCCAGGACAAGCUUCAGAGCAUCAUGGGCAUCUCUCUCCCGCUCUUCCACGGCCGUGGCAUCUUUCAGUACAGCUUUGGCAUCCUACCCUACCGCCGGCCCAUCACCACCGUAGUGGGGAAGCCCAUUGAAGUGCAGAAGACACUGAUGCCCUCGCAGGAGGAGGUGGAUAAUCUACACCAAUGCUACAUCAAGGAGCUGUGCAACCUCUUUGAGACCCACAAGCACAAAUUCAAUGUUCCUGCAAACCAGCAUUUGGAAAUCUGCUGA